GAAGUAAUUUAGCGUGUGUAGCACAUAUUUUGACAUUCGGGUAUUUUCAUCAGUAGCGCUGUGCUGUACAUUUUUUGUGUGAAAAAAGACCGUCGGCAGCAAAUCUCGUUCUCGUCCUGCACCUUUUUACGUUACCGCUGAAAAACUAUUUUGUCAAAGUGUCGUUUGCUGCCGGCGACCCCAACAUGAACCCUUCCGAACGAUGUGGCAUAGUGGUGUUUCGAAACGAAGUGCCCUGCCUUGGCUCUUACAGUAAUGGCCACUCAAGCUGUGCGACCGAAUGCGAGCGGAUCAACCACGGCCUGGAAUACGAUGAACGAUUCAUACGACUCCACGACGCCAUCAGUAAAGGCUUUAAGAUGGUUUUGGAUAAGCUGCGAUCAGAAGAUUCUGAAUCGGAGGAUUCCGACGAGCAGAAAGAUGAGGACAAUGCGCCGAACUUGACGGUCAGAAUCUGGGCAGAAAUUCUGACGAAUUUGAACGAAACGCAGCUGGCCAACGCACGCUUGGUCUGUCAUCGUUGGAAACGGAUCAUCGACCGCAGCCCGUCGCUGGUGGGCAAGUUUGUGCUCAGUUUUCCGCACGGAACUACACUGGACAAGCAUUGUGAACUGGUACGAGAUGUGAUUGCUUCCGGAAUGCAACACACGCAAGCUUCAUUGAGGAAAAUCACUCUGGUUGGAGCUGCCGCGUGGUGGCCAGCGGUCGGUGGCGCGCUCAUCUCUCUGACCAUCGCCGAUUGCAAGAUUCCGAUCGACAUGCUGCUGGACGUGCUCAAGCUUAGCCCGAGUUUGAAACGUUUAGACCUAACUUGCGGAAAGAACCUUUACUUCCAUACCGUGAAGGCUGUCGACUUCCAACUGGAAACGCUAGAGAACCUGUGCUUGACCGACAUACAGUACGUAAAGACGCUGGACGUCUUCCAGCAAAUGUGCCCACGGCUGAAAGUUCUCCGGAUUCCGGGAAGAAGCAAACUCGCUGGAUUCAUCGACAAACUGAUUUGCUUCAUAAAGGCAACGCGCAGAACGCUGGAGGAGGUCGCCAUCGGUGGUGGAACAGAUCUAUGGGAAAAGCUAUCUGAUCUUAACGGUUUGCUGCUGAAGCGUGCAACAUUUUCAUACGUUGCACCGGAGAGGAUGGUGAUUUUGAGUCGGAAUGUCCCCUCAAUCGAAUCGCUUUCGAUAGAUUGGAUGAAGUUCGAAGACGAGAAACUUGCGAAGAUUGGAGACAACCUCCCGAAGCUUAAAUCGUUGACUGCGAGAAUCGCUUCACCUGCGACUUUUCUCAACUUCAUGCCGGAACUGGCGCAGCUCUCGCUUAAUUGCUCCAACCAUGUCAUCAGCUUUAGCGACUUGGAGCUGCACAACCUCACGAGCAUCACCCUGCGAAGCACGAAGCUAACGGACAACUGGCACAGGCACUUUCCGAAUAUGCGUUCCGUUGCCCUCAUCAAAUGCACCAUCGAUGGCAGCUGGUCGGAUCUGUUCCUUCCCGUUGCCCAACUCGGCAAGUUGCAACACUUGCUCUUGUACAAAGUGAGCGUUGCGGUAGCCUCCGACGACGUGUACAUUCCGGACUAUCUGGACAGCUUGAGCUUGCUGGAGAUCCGCAAGUGUCGCCUGCCGAAGGCUACGCUGCACGCGUUGAUCCGGUUCUGCCCGAUGUUGGUUCGAAUCGAUCUGCAAAGAGUUCAAGGCGUUGACGAUGACAUUAGGCUGGCAAUCGGUGAGGGCUUGAAGUAUUUGAAGGAGAUUAGCAUCGACGAUUGUGUCGUUCGUGGCGACGAAUUUCUCGAGCACACCAGCAAGCAAUGCGAAGGUGUUGAGGUGAACCUUACGGACUGUAUCGGACCAUCACUGAGUGAGGGUGAGCUAAGCGUUUAGAGGGAGGGACUCACUUUCUUUUAAGUUCAAAGAUUUUUCUUGUCUUUUCUUAUGAUUUUUACGUAAGUCUCAUCGUAACUCAAAUAUUUCAUUCCUGUACGUGAAAUGAAUUCGAAUUACAUGGAAAGGUUACCAAUCAAAUUUUAGCGAAA